AUCCCUUCUGCCUGUGCGUGUGUUUGUACCAAAUGUUCAUCCUCAAUUCAACAACACGACACGUCGUACGUCGAGCCUACUCUACUUCAUCAUCAAAAGACUCAUUUUAUUAUCGUUAUGGAACACCACUUGUCCGAUGCAUCGUUCUGGCAUCCACUACGAAUCUAGCUUGGCAAUUACUUUGGCAGCAUUAUGAAUUUCAAGAAUACAGAAUCGAAUCUGACAAAGAGAUUGAAACACUCGAAAAUAGAUUAAAAACGCUUGAAGAGCGCCUGAAUAAAUAAAAAAAGGUCGUUUUUAUUUAUACACACACAUAUACACCACACCCAGUCUAAGCCUUGUUGGCACGAACACCCUUAGCUUCACGCUUCUUUUGAGCCUUGACGGGCUUUUGGGAAGAGAUGAUAGCAGAGGCACGGGCAAGAGCAGCCUAUACGAUACUUAAUAACUGCUUACAAUACAAUUUUUUUAAAAA